UCGAAGGCGCAAAGCAUUACGUUACGCGUGACAUUGUUCACUCUUGUACGCGCCUCCGAUGCGCGUAACAUAUAAGAGAGAUUCGUGAAGCGAAACGCGAGGUAUUGUCUUCUCUCUGUGUGUGUGUGCUGUGAAAUCAAUGGCAUCACGGGACAACAAGAAGACAUCAAAACCGUCGAGCAGUCGAGCCGGCGGAAUCCGCACGCUCUCCGAUCUGAACCGUCCAUCUGCCGAUUCCGACAGCGACUCCGAUGGCCUUCAGGAGUAUUACACCGGCGGCGAGAAGAGUGGAAUGCUUGUCCAGGAUCCUUCUAAGGGAAAUGAUGUGGAUGCAAUUUUCAAUCAAGCUAGGCAACUUGGAGCUGUAGAAAGGCCUCUUGAUCAACUUCAGGAACCUCCAAGGUCAACUAGCUUUACUGGAACUGGAAGGUUACUCACGGGGGAAUCUGUACAAUCUACUUCUCAGCAACCUGAGUCUGUUAUUCACAACAUUGUUUUUUGGAGUGAUGGUUUCACUGUAAAUGAUGGACCUUUGAGGAGAUUGGACGAUCCUGAAAAUGCCUCAUUUCUGGAGAGCAUUAAAAAAUCUGAAUGUCCCAAAGAGCUUGAACCUGCAGAUAGGAGGUCCUCUGUUAAUGUUAACCUCAUAAGGAGGAACGAGAACUAUCCUGAACCCAAAAAGCGCCAUGUUCCAUUUCAGGGAGUGGGAAGAACUCUUGGAAGCAGCUCUACUUCAGGGGAACCUGAGCCAACUGUUGCCUCGACACCUUCUAACACAGGUCCAGCCCCUUCUGCUGGCCUGGUGGUUGAUCAAUCAUUGCCAUCAACCUCGAUACAACUCAGGUUAGGUGAUGGAACCCGCUUGAUAUCACAUUUUAAUUAUCACCACACGAUCAGCGACAUUCGUGCCUUCAUCGAUGCAUCUAGACCUGGGGGUCAGCAGAAUUAUCAACUUCAGAUGAUGAGUUUCCCUCCAAAGGUUCUAGCUGAUGAAACUCAGACUAUAGAACAGGCAGGACUAGCAAAUUCAGUCGUCAUGCAGAAAUUCUAGCAAACUGCUGCUUCAUGGUCAUUAGUCAUUACUAGGAAAAUGCUGCAAUGAAGUGAUCCAGUUUUAUUAAGGGCUUCUAGACGUGAGGUGCUGUUACUGUCAUUAACAAAAACAACUAGGAACCCCCCGGUGUUGGGGGGAUAUUUUCUUUUUGUUGCUCAAGCUUUAUCAAGUACUCUAUUUGCUUUAGAAUCAGUUGGAUGGCUUAGCCUUGGACCUAAUUAUUUGUGUUAUGAUGAUUGUGUUAUGCUAGCUGGGCCUCAGGACUGAAUUUGGUAGUAUGUUGAACACUUCAAUUGAACUGUAGGAUAAUGCUCACCUCUGCCAGUUUUUGAAUAUGUGCUUUUAAGUGUGGUCAUAUAUCCUGUAAAGAAACAAAGCCGCAGCAUACUUUUGCUUAGACUCUGCGAGCAUACCCUUAAACAAGGGCGAAAGAACAUAAGG